AUGAUUUCUCAGAGGAUUUCUGCGACGCUGCGCUCUAAGACUGGCUCGACACUCUCGCGUGUUCCUGGCUGUGGGCUCGCGAGCGUACAUGGUGUGGGCCGCAGUCAGUUGCCGGACGACGACGGUGCAAACCCAGGGGCGAACGACUUUAUUCUUUCAGUCUUGCAGUCUGUUCCUUCUCAGCGUGAUGCCAAGGCAUACCUCAAGUCGUUUGGCCCCAGGCCCACCAAGCCCCAGCAACCAAUACCCCCAUCCAAGCUACUUGACCUAACCCUUCCUCCAUUGCCGGUUCCCGUCUCGACGACGGCCGCCCCGAUACCACCGUUGCCAAAUACAUUGCCGGUUAUCGCAUCCAUCCUAAAUCCGGUUCAACGCCAUACCGCUCUCGUCAAGUUCCAGGGUCCGUUUACUGAUCGACAACUGGAAAGCGUUGCACGUGGUAUGGUCUAUCUCGAAAAGCUUGGAUUGACCAGUGUCAUCGUUGUCGAGCUCGACGAUUGGGUACGCGGUGAACCCGACGAGAGGGCGCGUAUUCUUCAAGAAACACGUAGGGUCGUCGAGGCGCUCGAAGCUCAAGGUGCUCGUGCCCGACCUCUUACCGAGGCCGUUGUUCGUCUCGGACCUCAUCCAGGCGAGCAAGAUGUUGUUGCGGAGGAUGUCAUCGAGACACAUACCAUGCCUGAAGACUUGGUUCAACUUCGUUCUGCUCUGCGCUCUGGCGAGAUCCCUGUUCUCUCUCCUUUGGCUCGCGAUUCAUUUUUGCGCAUGGUACGCGUCGAGGCGAACGACGUCAUUGCUGGACUUACACGCGGAAUGGCCGAAGUUGCAAAAAUCGACGCAGAGAAAGCCGAAUCGGCCGAAGAAUCUAAACUCGGUGAUGAUCUCGACCUCACUCCGAUGCGACUUAUGAUUAUUAAUCGUGAAGGCGGUAUCCCAUCUUAUGCGCGCGACGGGCUUCCUCAUUUGCUCGUCAACGUUCAGGCAGAAUAUGAUUAUAUUCGUGAAACGUAUCGGCAUUCGGCCUGGGACGCUAUGACCCCUACUGCUCUUUCCAACCUUCGCCUCGCGCGCACGUGUUUGUCACACAUGCCCCCUAGUUCGAGUGCGGUCGUCGUUUCGCACCGGUCCCCUCGAAGCUUAAUCGCGAAUCUACUCACCAACCGACCGGCGCAAAGCUCGAGUCUCCCUCCGGCAGCCCUCCUAACCGGAAGCCGUCGCCUCACCCGUGAUACGCCCACCCUUAUUCGACAUGGCCUGGGCAUGCGAGUCCUCCGUAACGUGGAGGACAUCGAUCGAGACAAGCUCACCUACCUGAUGGAACAAUCCUUUGGGAAAACGCUCGACCAAGAAGCCUUUUACGCUCGUCUGGAACAGCGCCUCGAUUUCGUUAUUGUUGCUGGAGACUACGCCGGCGCUGCGGUUGUCACUCAUGAAGGCCCCGAAGGCAGUUCGAUCUCGUACCUUGACAAGUUUGCUGUUUUGCCUGCUCACCAAGGGGACGGUACCGUCGAUUUCCUAUUCGUUGCAUUGCACGAUGAAUCGUUUGGGCUUGGAUCUGACCACGCGAUGAAUCCGAACGAGGGUGGCAAACAAGGCGAGGGUGAAGGUCGAGAUCUUGUCUGGCGCAGUAGGGCCGAUAACCCAGUCAACAAGUGGUACUACGAACGAGCGAGCGGUCACUUGCGGAUCGACGGUGGUAAAUGGGUCCUCUUCUGGUCCGAUGCCGAGGUUCGAAUCAGGAAGCUCGAGGACCAGGCGCGAGAACGGGCUGAAGAAGAGGGAAUUGGGCGUCGUCGUGUUCCUGGAUUGCCCUAUGUCCUCAACGAGGAAAAGGGCAGGUUGUCCAGAUGGGCAGAUAUCGUUAGCGCCAUUCCAUCCAGCUGGAAAGCAUCAUAA